AUGACAAUGAAAAUGGUACAAAAGUGUUGUGUGUUGGGCUGUCCAUCGAGUAGUGAUGUACCGAGCCAAAAAUUUCCAUCUAAUGUUGAAUUGUUAGACCGUUGGUGGAACAAUAUUAAAGUAUUUAGAAAAAAUCCGUCAUCCAUGGAAGACUUGAAGAAGUUUCAAGUUUGCCAUUUACAUUUUGCCGAUAAUGAUUACAAAAUUGGAGGAUAUAAACAACGAAAAUUAAAAGAUAAUGUAGUCCCAUCGUUAAAUUUGCCAGUAGUCAGUGAAAACAUUACAAAUAUAAUUAUGCCUAUUCCGACUGAGCCAGUGCAUGAGAUGACAAUUGAUUUAACUGCUAAAACAGCAAAAUUGUUCAAUAUAGCCAGCAGAAUAAGAAAGCAGCAUGUGAGUGUGUCAAGGAAACUAUUUUCAUACAAGAACAGACUAAGACAGGCGGCAAAAUACCAAUUAAAGGAAAAAGUAACAACCAUGCGAGAAAUGGACAAUGUGUGCUGCUUAAUGUGGGAUGAAAUGUUAUUGCAGCCCCACAUUGAUUACGAUGCAACAAUACGAGGAGGCCAUAAGGGAUGGAAAUUUCCACUCGCUAAUUUUUCUAGCUAUAGCCAAACCAAUAGCGAACGAUUCAUUAAAUGCAUUAAGGGUAUGACGAAAAUCAUAGUGGACUGUGGUUUAAUACCAGUCGCUUAUGUAUGCGACCAGGGGAAACCGAACGUGUCUGCCAUUAACAAGUUGAAGUUUGAAACGUACAUAAAUACCUCAGAAAAAUUAAAAUAUGGUAAAUAUUAA